AUGGGUGAAGAAAUGCCCCGCAGUCUCAAGGAUUACGUGUACCCGACAAGGGCAAGCCAUCCCUCUUGCAUUGUUUUACCAGAAACCGCUAGUCAGUUUGAGUUAAAGGCGAGCAAAAUAUAUAUGCUCCCUGUGUUUCGAGGGGUUCAUGUUGAAAACCCCUACCACCACGUGAGAGAGUUUGAAGAGAUUUGUGGGACUCUGCGUUUCACUCAAAUGCCGGAAGAGUCCCUGAAAUUGAGACUGUUUCCUUUAUCUUUGAAGGAAAAGGCCAAGUCAUGGUUAUAUGCCCUGCAGCCACAGUCAAUUAGGACACGGGAUGAUCUUAUGAAAGAAUUUUUCAGAAAGUUCUUCCCAAAUCACAAGACUGCGACCAUUUGUCAAAGUCUGAAUGGAUUUGUGCAAUUAGAGGGUUUAGAUGUUCCCACCCGAACAACAGUUGAGUCAAUGUGCAAUGGUUUAUUUAUUGACAAAAGUGUUGAUGAGUCUUGGACUUUCCUAAUUGAAAUUGCUGAAAAGACUCAGCAGUGGGAGUCCAUUCGUGAACCUAGGAAGACUUCCCCUGUAGCUGAUGUUUAUAGGAUUGAGUCUGACUUUGAGGGAAAUGCGAAAAUCACAUCGUUGGCAAGGAGAGUAGAAGCGCUAGAGAUGCAGAAGAAUGUGAAACCUUCUGCCACUACUCUCCGUGACCAUGUCGAAAUUUCUAUUUGUGCUGCAUGUAAUAGUUCUGACCAUCUAGUGGACAUUUGUCCAGAAAUACUUGCAUUUCAGGAAUCUAGACUUGAACAGGCCAAUGCGUUGUAUCAUAAGCAAGAGAAUAAUCCAUAUUCUCAUACUUACAACCCAGGGUGGAGAAACCACCGUAACUUUUCAUGGUCCAAGGGACAUGUACAAGGGGGUACACCAGGAAACACACAAGGAUAUUCAUACCAUAUAAACCCCCAGAUGCAGUCGUACACACAGCACCCUUCUGAGAAAAAAUUGUCUAGCAUUGAAAAAAGUGUCGGUCUAUUGACCCAAAAUCUUUUGCAAAAUCAGAAGACCACUAACUAA